ACCGGCUAACCGCCCAUGUCCUCAUUCUCGUCAGUGGUUGCAAUCCGAUCCCAGGUCGGUGUGCCUCCCAGGCCGGUGACCACGUGUCCCUGGCCGGCCUGGCAGCGGACCAUGUGGAGCAGCAAGAUGGCGGCGCGGUGGAGGGGCAACGACGGGCUUUUAAAUGGCAACAGCGGGGACUUUCUGAGCAGCAGCAGCCGCCACGAGAUGCUUGUGAGCAGAGGCGACGUCGCAGACUUGGAGAGGAGCACGCAGACCUGUGUGGACCACUCCAUCCUGGCCAUCCUUCAGGACUCCACCGUUGCUCCAGAGAACAAGAGGGGAGUGGACGAAGAGAAUGAGAAGUUGCUGUCGGCCCUGACGGAGAUGCUGGACAGCGUGGAGGACGAUGACGGCACGCUGUCUCCCUUCGACACCCUGCCAGAGAGCCAGCUCCUGGUGCGGUCGAUGGAGCCACUCGCUGAAAGGUCUCCAAGUUUACCGGUCUCCGUCAAGAGCAAUGGAGCUAAUGGAGGAGAGCGGAGCAUAGAGAGAUACAGCAGCCCCCCACGGUUCAAACAGGAAAGUCAAGCUGAGAAUAAGGUGGCAGAGAAUGAAGUCGAGGUCUUCACCGCGGCGUCCCUCGUGAACCUGGUGAGGCUCAUGCACCCCUACUGUCUGAAGCUGCAUGUGGGCGAGGGCGACGGGCCGAAGACGAGCUCCAGAUUGUUCUCUGGGGAGGUGUGGAGGUACGAGAAGCCCACGGAGGAGAGCGAUGAGGAGAUAAACGUCGUGUCCGAGGAUGAGGCGCCUCAGAACAAGACGGAGGACGACGAGCCAGAGCGCAGGAGUGGAAGCAACGGUCAGCUCCUAAAGAGUGUGCUGGUGAAGAGGAAUUCAUCCAGCGCUCCGUCGUCCAAAGAGAAGAAAAGAGUGAGCUUUGGCUCCGUUCAAGUGGCUUCAUUUGAUGAGUCACAGCAAAAACGAUCGACCGGGGAAAACCUCACCACUGGCCACAUUUAUGAGACCGUAUCGUGUCCAACAAACGGAUCAAAAGCACUUGAAGCCCCACUGUGUUCAGCGCUCGAACCCAAAACAGCCUCCUCGGAAAUGAGCAGCGCCGCAGCUGAGGCCGUGGCACCAAGAGGUGAGACGAAGGCCAAAGCACUGAGCCUCCAGCAGUACAGGCAGCUGCGCCAGAAGAGGCGACCCCUGGUGGAGAAACAGGGGAACUGCACCACGAAGUGGCCCUCAGUUUCUGAGCCCCCCAAAGGGCUGCUCCCCCUCCCCUGCUUACAGGGCCAAAGGCAAAGCAGCAGUGAACCAAAGAUUGUCCUCCUCCAUCCACAAAGUACCAGCGCCUCUACUGAUCACCCUCAGAAACCUGCUUCUAAGACUUCCUCCUAUCAUAACACCACACCAUCGAGACCUAAACCCUCAGAGGCCAAACUGUCGUGUCGUAUACAUCGUAGUGGACUAAAGCGCCCAAGGACUCAAUCCAGAAUAAUCUCACCUGUGAGUCCACUGCCGGACGUCACAGAUAACAAAGCAAAGGUUGUGCCUCAAAGCAAGAGGAGGUUAGUGGUGAAAGCAACACUGGUCAGCAGCGAUCCCCCAAAUCCUGUUCUCCUCCCAUUAGCACUUAGCCAGCAGCUAACAGCAGCACUCCUGGACCCCUCAUCAGAGCCCAAAGCGCAGCCGGACGCCAACCUUCACAGCACCAGACACUUAGCAGCACAUCAGACUGAGUCCUCGGAGGCCUGUCCUGAUCGACAGGCGCCCUCCUCACAGCCGAAGCCCCCGGUGGUGUCUCCACCUCUGGACAGCACCGCUCUGCUUCAGGAAAGCAGGGACGGGGUUAGUGAGACGUCGCCAGAUGUCCCCUCACCACUGUGCUCCUCCGUCACACAAACGGAAUGCGAAAAAGUCCCGACUCAGGAAUGUAGUCUGAGCCCGAUGCAUGAAACCAAACAGGAACCACAGACCCCUCAGUCACAGAGUCUGGAUCAUGACAAAGUGCAGAACUCAACAGGAGAGUCGGGAAUCGAAGCCCCUGAUCUGACCAGUCUGCUGGAACAGUUUGAGGAAACACAAGCUAAAGAGAAGAGCGUAUGUGAGACUAACCCAGAGCCCAAACACGUUCCUGUGAUUCCUGUUCCUGUGACACGUGAUUUGGACGCGCCGCUCACUGCACCAGAAAGUACCUCCAGGAUACCAGUCGAACUAUUAGGCACCUCAGAACCCCUCAGGAAUCUGCCCGGCCUCCAGAUUUCGGAGCACGAGCGCGUCCCUGAAGCCCUCAGCACUGAAAUCAUCCUCAGUACUCAGAAAGAUCAGCCAGCAAGACGCAGAAAUCCUCAGUCCAAAGCCAUUCAGAUCAUCGACCCUCGUCCCCUCCCGCCCAAAAAGACCCACAGCAGCUCUCUGGAGUCCCCGGCUAAAUACAGCCCCUCUCACCUGCAGUCGUCUGUGUCUUCAGACCAUGAUUACUGUGGACCCUUGAGCCGCUCACUUACUCAGCGCAGCAGAGCAAAGCCAUCCUCACUCAAGGACGUCCACAUCCUUGCAACUGUUGGUGAAUUGCAGCUCGGCUCAUGUGGCUCCAGUGCUGCUGCUCGAAGCAAAGCACAGACCUCGGGUGAAGAAGCAGAGUCUCUGUGUUCGCAGCUCAAGGCCAGACCGGAGGCAGAGCCGUCACCAGACGAGGCUCUGCUGGUUUCAGGCCGUGCUACAGGGGGCGGUGGUGCAGGUAAACACCAGGCAGCAGCCUGCACUCUGCCCACGCCUCCACCCAGUCCUCUGAGCAGAGGGAGGGAGAAGAGGAGGUAUGGGAGAAGGUCUCCUCAGUCUGACUCCAGCUGCAGCUCCAUGUCAUCCUUGUCCUCCUCCUCCAGCUCUGGAUCGCGCUCCCCUAAAAGACAAAAGCUCCGUCACAGGCGCUCAGGGAGCAGCUCCUGUUCGUCAUCCUGCUCUCGCUCCGCAUCUCGCUCGCCGCCCCGGCGCAACAGGUUGCCUUACUCCAGAUCUAGAGCCAGCAGAUCAAGGUCCCGGUCUUGGUCCCGGUCCAGAUCGCGGUCACCAUCCCCACGGAUCUGCGGCAGGCGAUGGAGAGAUGUGUACAGCAGCAGAGACUCCAGGAGGCUCAGGAGGGAACAGGAGAUCAGGAUCCAGAAACUUAAAGCCAUAGAUGAACGCAGGGUGGUGUAUGUCGGCCGGAUCCGCCGGUCCAUGACACACAGUGAACUGAGGGACCGCUUCUCCCAGUUUGGCGAGGUGGAAUGUGUGUCGCUUCACUUCAGAGACAGAGGCGACCACUAUGCCUUCGUCACCUUCUUCACCAUGGAGGACGCCUUCGCAGCCAUUGAUAAUGGCGGCAAACUACGGCAGCCUGAUGAGCUUCCUUUUGACAUCUGCUUCGGUGGAAGAAGACAGUUCUGCAAUUCAAAUUAUUCUGAUCUUGACGCAGACCGAGAUACAGAGCUGUCUCCUGCUGGGAGCAGGCUGGAGGACCUGGACUUCGAUUCGCUGCUGAAACAGGCCCAGAGAGGAGUGAAGAGGUAGCGGCAAGCUGCUCGAGGAGGACAGGCGCUUUUCCACGUACCUCAUUGUGGUUGUGCAUGUGUAGCAAAUCUUUGUUUGGCUUCUUAUGUUUUGACUCAAACCUGCAUGCAGUCCUUGAUGUUUACUGUUAAUAUGCACAUUAUAUUGUAGCGCUUUCAAUUUGAAAACAUUGGUGGGAGCCACUAAAGGUUUUUGUUCAUUCCUUAACAUAGGUAAUGUUUUUAAAAGUGUACAUAAAAAUAAAGGUUGUUUAUAGUGUU